GGCCAUAGAUUAUACCCAAAUAGGAACAUGAGGCGAUGAUCCAUGCCUCCCAAAGAACAGCCGCACUCUCUCCGCUGCACAGAGCACACGCGGCCGGGGUAAGCAGUGCGUCACUAUCAGGAUGGAGAACCCUGCGUCAAUCGGCUCAGCCCCAUCACACUCUCACGGCGCCACGGAACCCGAACUCGUAAUUGAUCAUACAAGAGGACACCUGACACCUACCAGCAAGGCGACCAGCUGGCAAGUUUCGAUGCCGGAAAUUCCCUUAUGAGCGACUCGAAGCCCUGCUGGGCGUGCCUCAAGAAGCGCCUUGUCUGUGACUUUGGCCGCCCGGGAUGCCGGAAAUGUGCAGCAAGGAACGCCGAGUGUCCGGGGUACGGCAAGAAACCGCUGAAAUGGCUUGCGCCUGGACAGACCCGGUCCAAGGGAAGACGUGCAAGAGACGAGUCCAAUGUCAUCCGCCUAUGCCUUAAAGACUCGAGUGAAGCCAGCACCUUGUUUGAGGCCAUCGAGUAUUAUAACAUUCGCAUCUGCCCCGACCAGGUCGCGACGGGCUGCGGAGGCCACCCAAAGAGCCCUUUCUACAUACCCAUCGCCAAUGCGCCAAAUCUUCCCGCCAACAUCAGACAUACUGUUAUCUCCAUUGCCCUUGCUCACCGUAUCAUCCAGUCUGAGGAAUCAUUCGAACCUGACCGGGCGGCGCUAUCAGUGAAGUUGCAAACCCAUCGAGGCUCGGCAAUUAGGCAUCUGGCAAUCCAGUUGAAGACUGCAUCGCAGGCCCGUGAAGUCACACUGGCUUCCGUUCUUGUCUUCUUAUUUGCUGAAAUUCAGCACACACUCUCUCCGAACUGGCGCUAUCACUGCGAUGCUGUCUACGCCGUUAUAGAGAUGCUGGGGGGAAUGUCGAAUACCGUUCUUUCUCAACCUCUGUUCCAACAUCUCCUGCGGUAUUUUAUCCUAGUAGAAAUAAUGGGUAGCACCACUGCGCCCCGAGUCGAAUCAGAACGAGCUCUUCGUCAAAUUGGGUUGAUUAGUUUACUACCCAGUGUGUACGGAAAUGGGCUAUCCACGUCCCUACCUUGUCCUCCAGACCUGCUGUCAGACAUCAUCUCGAUUAAUUACUUGCGCUCCGAGCCAGGUGCAACACUGUCCCGAGGAAUUGAUGUCAAAACUGCUGCUCUAAACAUCUUGAAACGAGUAGAGUCCUUUUCUGCAGAGAAAUGGAUAAGGGACAUCAAUCAACAUGAGCAACGUCAAGUCUGCGAUGACAAAGCUCUGCAAGAGCAGAUAGGAGCCUGGGACUGGCAAAGUAUCGCCCAGAUAUUCCAAGCGACCGUUGCACUUUACUGCAUUUCAUCUCUUCUUGAUGUGGAUAAGCAGUCAAGAAAACCACAAGGGGACGUCAGUGGUGACGAAGAACUCGAUUUUCAUAUCGCCACUCUACGGUCAACCUACCUUGAUGUCCUUCUUCGUAACCUGAAAGACAUCGCGUCGAAUCCGAAAAGCCAACUACGAAAACUGGUAUUCUGGCCCCUUGUAAUUGGUGGCAUUCAUGUCGAAGCUAGCGAUGACGAGUCCAAGGAAUUCAUCCUCGGCGAGCUUACAUGGGUGAGCAAGGCGCUCGGUAUUGCGUCCCCAUUGGUGGCGAAAGAGCUUUUGGGAAAGAUCUGGAUAUCUUCACGCAGCUCAAAAGGAAAUAGGCACCAAUCUUGGGGUUCAUUAUUUGAUAGACCCUACGUAUUUGCGAUGUAAUCACAAAUAUCACGCGUCGUGCUUCAGGACAAGCUCAAAUGGUGGAUACCUUCGAGCUUACAACUCCGACUUCCAGCCACCUUUCGCAGCAAAGAGGGGACCCACGGCCUUUC